AUGGAAACGGUAGCAGCAUCAUCUUGGAAGCAGCUUCUUCUCAACGCCUUGGAGUCCAAUUCCAGCGUCAAGCACUCCUUAUUCUUCCAGCUUGCGACGAUCGGGUCUAAUGGAAAACCCUCGAAUCGCACCGUCGGUUUUCAGGAGAACAGUGAUAAUCCAUAUCAACACAGACAGCCGAAGUCGAAAGGUUCUUCAUUCUUCACGCUUUAUCUGUUCUGGGUUGUUGAUUUGUAUUGGAUUGAUGAACUCAAGCAAUGUCCAUUUGCGGAGAUAUGUUGGUAUUUUGCUGACUCUUGGGAGCAAUUCCGGAUCAAUGGAAGUGUAGAUAUCAUUGAUGGAUCAUGUCGUGACCCAAUGAAGCUUCAGCAAAGAGAGAGAGCUUGGUUUUCAAGUUCUCCAAAAUCCAGACUGCAGUAUUUGGGGCCUAUUCCUGGUCUUCCCUUGCUAGGUGAAAUAGCGUUUAAGGAACCUUCUUUGGAUCCUUCUACAGGCCCUGUUGAUGCUUUUUGUUUGCUCGUUCUAGACCCCGACCAGGUUGAUUACUUGAACUUGAAGAGCAAUGAGAGGUUAAACUUUACAUCCAGACAGAAUAUUAAUGGAGAGAAACUUUGGACCUCGCAAAGAAUUAACCCAUGA